AUGGUCAGUGCUCUCGAGGCGUGCAGCGGCCACCCGUCCAUCGUUCAGCCGCGUGCCUCCGGCCAACUUGACAGCGGGGCUUUCCUUGCCAUGGAGUUUGUGGGGCCGACUCUCAGGCACGUCAUGAAGCAUGUCCGUUUCGGGAGGAGGCACACCGAGCUGGAGGUUCGCCUUCUCAUGAGACAGCUUCUCGCCGGCGAGAGGAGGAUGAAUCGUCUCGGCCUCAUGCACCGGGACCUCAAGCCGGAGAACGUGCUUGUUGACGGCCACGGGAACCUCAAGAUCUGCGAUCUGGGGCUGUCAUGUAGCAUGGUCGAUGGGCCGCCCUACUCUAACCCUAUUGGGACACGGGGAUAUCGCGCGCCAGAAAUCCUCCUCGGGUCCACGGAUUAUGACGAGCAUGUCGACUCAUGGGCUCUCGGCGUCAUGAUGGCCGAGCUCCUCGCCGGCCAGCACCCUUUCCAUGGGAGGUCGGACAUGGAUCACCUCAGCGAAAUCCUGGACCUUCUUGGCACGGCAGACAUUAAGGAGUGGUCGGGCUACGAUGGGCGGCGGCUACCAAGUGGAGGCCAACUAGGAAGCUUUCUGCGCAACAAGUUCCCAUGUCCCACCAAGGCCAGGAUCAAAGGCCCCCCAACAGUGUCGGAGGCUGGGUUCGAGGUCUUGAGCGGGCUUCUACGAUGCAACCCGGAGAAGAGGCUAACGGCGGAACAAGCGCUCAAGCAUCGAUGGUUCAAGGACACAAAGCCUAGGGCUACAAGGAGAUGA